UGAUGAUUUGAUGAAUCAUUAUGAAGUACAGAUUCUCCAAGCAAUUAUUAAUUGUGGUGGACAGCCAGGUUUGCUUGGCAGCAGUAACCUUAAAAUAGUGCAAUUCAAGUCUUGUGUGACAAAGCAAGGGGACACUGCCAAAGUGGACAGCUUUGUAUUAUAUCAUGUGGAUGAAGAUGAUACAGAUAAAAUAGGACAGAUUGAAAAGUUUGUUGAACUGUCUUGGAAAGGAAAUAACCACCAGAUGGUUAUAUUGAAGAAAGCAAAACUGGUGCCAACCCAGACAACAUUCCAACAUCUUACCACUGAACCUUUACUUGAAAUUACACCUGUAUCAAGAGUUCUUCAAUCAGUUCAUGUAAUUCAUGAUUGUAAGGGUGGCAAAUGUACUAUCAAAGAAGGCUCAGUAUCAAGCAGAGUUGAACAGGAGCAACACAAUGUGAAAUGCAAAUUCAUCAAACACUCAACUGUUCACAACAUUUUCAUCGUCAAUAAAUGUAGAAUUAGUCAUUCUGUGGACAAUUUUGUUAUAUGAAAACUUUUAUUAGAUUUAUUGCUGAAUAGUUUGCUACAUACCUGUUGUCAGAUAAAUUUGUGUUCACAUUAUUACUCUUCAGACCUAUCAGUCUGUUAAGCUAGUAAAAAUAAGUAACAAAUCAUUUCACAUAA